UCUAAGAUGCAAUGCAGAGAGCAAGGAUAGAGGAGAGAGAAACAGAACAACGCGGCCGGCCGGAGCGCCUCCUCCUCCCCAAAAAUACCAUACCCAAGAUCACCACCACCUCCUCCGCCCACCGCAUUCCUCCCCAAUCCGCCCGCCAUGGGGAGAGAUUUGCAUCCCUUCUCUCUCGCCGUCCUCCUCCUUUCCUCCUUCGCCGCCGCCGCCGCAAAAUCUGCCGACGAGGGCGCCAUCUUCGAGCUCGCCAAUUCGCUGUCCAACCCGCCCGCGUCCUGGGGCUCCGCCGGCGACGUCUGCAUCUUCGACGGCAUCACCUGCGAGCACGCCGGCUCGGGGCGGGUCACCGUCAUCAACCUGCGGGACAAGGGCCUCACCGGGACCCUGCCCACCUCCAUGUCCUCCCUCACCGCGCUCAAGGAGUUGCACCUCCAGGGCAACGCACUCCACGGCGACUUCCCGUCGCUCGCCGGCUUCACCGAUCUCACCCGCCUUGUGCUCGACGGCAACGCUUUCACCUCCCUCCCUAGUGACUUCCUCAAAGACCUGCCCUCCCUGCAGUACCUCAGCCUGGAGGACCUGCCGCUCAAGCCGUGGGCCGUUCCUGGCGCCAUUGUCGGCUCCUCCUCCCUCGAAACCUUCUCCGCUUCCAAUGCCUCCAUUGCCGGUGCCUUCCCGGCGGUUCUCGCCAACCUUUCAUCGCUCAAGUAUCUGCGGCUGUCAUAUAAUAGCCUCACUGGUGGACUCCCUGCCGGGCUCGCUGAGCUGAUUGCCCUAGAGAGCCUGCAGCUCAACAACCAGAUCUCGGAUGCUAAGCUGUCCGGCUCAAUUGAUGUUGUUGCGGCGAUGACCAACUUAAAGCUGCUGUGGAUCCAGUCCAACAAAUUCACGGGCCCAAUCCCGGAUUUUAGCAACUCGCGGCUGGAGGCAUUCAAUGUCAGGGACAAUAGGCUCACUGGAGUGGUUCCAGCGUCACUCUUUGAGAUCAGCACACUGCUUAAUGUGUCACUGACGAAUAAUCUUUUUCAGGGUCCAAUGCCAAAUACACAUAACGUGAGUGUAGACCUCGUCGGUGACACCAUGAGCAGGUUCUGCCUCUCAAAGCCUGGGCCAUGUGAUCCGCUGAUUACCACUCUGCUUGAGGUGGCCGCAGGGUUUGGAUACCCAGCUCAACUUGCGGAGACAUGGAGCGGGAACACUCCCUGUGCUAAUUGGAUUGGUGUUAUAUGCUCGAAUGGGAAUGUGAGUAUUCUUGAUUUGCAUAAUCGUGGUUUGUCAGGGAUCAUAUCGCCAGCUAUUGCAAACUUGACUGGCGUUCGAAGGCUAGACCUCUCAGAUAAUCACCUCACUGGCGUGGUACCGGAUGCUUUGACGACAAUGCCAAACCUGAUUUUUUUGGAUGUCUCAAAUAAUACCCUCAAUGGUGAACUGCCCAAGUUUAAGCCAUCAGUCAAGGUACUGGCCGAAGGAAACCGGUUUGGAGAAUCAACCGGUUUGGAAAAUUAUUUUAAGUUGAAGUCAAAUGUGGGAAUGAUUAUUGGAGUUUUCAUAGCUGUGCUUCUUCUCAUUACUUGUGUUGGGCUUUUGGUACAUUAUCGAAGGAAGAAGAACACAGAGAAGUUUGGGCCCGUCUCAACAAAUGGCUCUCCUGAUGAAUCUGAGAUGACGAAGAUUCAGAUGGUUGGGACACAUAGGAAUAGCAAUAGAAAUACUGCAGUUCCAACUGAUUACAGCCAGGUGAGUGCUGGUAGCACAAACAUUGCUUAUCUGUUUGAGUCCCACGGAAUGGAAUUGCCGAUUGAAGUGCUCCUAAAGGCCACAGACAACUUUAAUGAGGACUGUAUCUUAGGUAAAGGGGGGUUUGGGGUAGUUUUCAAGGGAAAUCUCAAUGGGAAGUUGGUUGCUGUAAAGAGGUGUGACAGUGGCACUAUGGGGACUAAAGGUCAGCAAGAGUUUAUGGCCGAGAUUGAUGUUCUUACGAAAGUAAGGCAUCGACACUUGGUUGGACUACUUGGGUACUGUACCCAUGGCUAUGAGAGACUCUUGGUGUAUGAGUAUAUGUCUGGUGGAACAUUGCGCGAGCACCUGUGUGAUCUUCAGCGGAGUGGUUUUACUCCUCUUACAUGGACACAGAGAAUGACAAUAGCUUUGGAUGUUGCGAGGGGUAUAGAAUAUUUGCAUGGCUUGGCACAGGAGACUUUCAUCCAUAGGGAUCUGAAGCCUUCCAAUAUAUUGUUGGACCAGGACCUAAGAGCCAAGGUUUCAGACUUUGGGUUGGUCAAGCUUGCUAAUGAUACAGAUAAAUCCAUGAUGACAAAGGUUGCAGGGACAUUUGGAUACCUUGCACCUGAAUAUGCUACCACAGGGAAAGUUACUACGAAAGUUGACGUUUAUGCAUAUGGCGUCAUACUAAUGGAGAUGAUUACUGGAAGGAAAGUACUUGAUGACUCAUUACCUGAUGAGGAAUCACAUCUUGUAACAAUCUUUCGAAGAAAUAUGCUUGACAAAGUGAAGUUCAGGAAGUUUGUGGAUCCUACACUGGAACUCAGUGCUGAAGCUUGGAAGAGCUUGCUGGAGGUAUCUGAUCUUGCUCGGCAUUGCACAGCACGAGAACAAAACCAGAGGCCUGACAUGUGCCACUGUGUUAACCGACUUUCCAGCCUGCUUGAUCAGUGGAAGCCUACAGAAGUCGAUGAUAACGAUGAGAGCGAGACAAGCGAGAUUGGUCUGAACCAGCAACUUGAGAAAUGGAGGUGUGAUGAUUUCACCAUAUCUGAUUCAGAUACAUUCAGCACACUCAAUAUGUCAAGGAAGUACAACAGAUAAUUUGCAUCGUACCAUAUGAUGUCAUGUAUAAAAUGAGGCAAUGCAGUAUAACUGCAUCAAGAGGUUAUCAGGUACUUCUUUCAAUCCCAGACUGCACUGGGUUGCUAGGUCCUGUAAUUAACCCAUUGAGUGGCUAAAAUGAGAACGCGAUAGCUUGAUUAUUAGCGUGUCGAUCUUCCUGCUAUGGUGAGUGAUAAAGCCAAGCUUCGCUUUGAAGUUGUUGUAUUACGAGUUGUUGCUGUGUGUAGUUUGUUCAGUCUAUACGGUUUCGUGGUGCUAGUGAAGAGAAGAUGCAGUUUUUGGAUGGUCUAGAGAAUGAAAAGAUGAAAGAUAAAGUCAGCGUGCACAAGCCUACGGUAGAGAUGUUCUUAGAUGUAUGAAUAAUAUGUGAACUAUCA